GUCCGGUUAAAUGAGUCAACAAAUGAAAGCUCCAAUCUUUCUCCUCUUCUUCCAUUUCUUCAUCAUCUCCCCGUUCUUCCCCACUUCACACUCCUCCUCACAACCCAAUUGCGCACCGCUCAAAUGCAGCCCCGACGCCCCAGAGAUCCUCACCCAGUUCCAUCUCACAACCCACCACCCUCCCGGUUGCGGCAAACCAGGCUUUACCCUCUCCUGUAAACACAAUGCCACCACCACCAUCACCUUCCCGAACCACCUCAACUUGGUCAUCAAUUCGAUCUCUUACGACGAAAACAGAAUCGCCCUUUCGGACCCACGAAGGUGCGUUCACGGCGUGUUCCUCGACCUCGACCUGUCCCUCACCCCGUUCGAGUACGCCUACUUGGUGAAGGAGUUCAAGUACUUGAACUGCGACGAAGUGGCGUGUUUGAGUGGGAGGGAGCGUCAUGUCCACACGGUGGAGGCUGGCGAGAGGUCUUCUUUUCGAGUGCCGGAGCUUUGUAGAGUGGUGAAGAGCGUCCGAAUUCCGUUCGGGUAUAGCCGUUACCUUGCUGACGACGAGUUUGGCCUCGGGUUGACUUGGAAAACAGCGUUGGGAGGUGGAGUCAGAGGGCUUCCUAGCAAACAGCUUCGUGGGAAGGUGUGACAAGUUGUUCAAGUUCGGGUUAUGUGUAGCAGCAGCGGCGAGCGUUGCUGUUGAUAAUGAAGAUGUAUCACACAAACAGAGUGGAGAAGCAGUUGGAUAGUGGAAAGUUGUGUCUAGUUGAUAGGAUGUAGUGCAAAUUUGUAGCACCAAGCUGCUGAUGACAUGUGACUGGCAAAAUUUUGGAAAGUAUGCACAAACUCUAUGGAAGAGAACUAAUUCUGGA